UCCAGCCCCAACACUCCAGCAAACUUAGGCUCGAGAUUUUCUACCCGAAAUGUUAACCUGUGUCCCUGGAAUGAGAAGGUGGAUCUUUGCCUCUCUAGCUAACGAUGUGGUGGGCAGUUGAAUUGUAUACAUUUUCCUCCGCACUAGGUAGUUAUCACAAUUUCGAGUUUUCCUUUUCAGAAAGACAAAGCACUAUUAAGGAAAUCUGGUUUGCACAGUUCAGACAAAAUGGCAGUUGCAUUUCCAGAUGGUAGAUCGACUCUAUUAGUGAGCUGGAAGGAAAAAGUCCCGGUCGAAGAACUGCAAGGGAUCCUUUACGUUCACUUCAAGGAUCUGGCGCACAGGUUUCAAGCCGACUGUAUGGUGCAGAAACUCGACUCCCAGGAAGUUCUGGUUAUCCUGCCGAGAAUAACGAAAGAAGUGUUAAGCAGUAUUGCUGAAAACGCACAUGUCGCAUAUAAAGAUGAAGAAAUUAAACUUGACAUUAAAAUCCCAGUUGACGAUUUUUUUACUGUGCAUUCAACAAAUUUAGCUGAAGAAACAAUGGAGGCUACUGAGAGUGACGACAAGCAUGAAAUUGAAGAGACAUCUGAGCAAGACGAAGGGAUUUUACAGGAAGACAAAACGAAUGAAAUAGAAACUCAGCAGUUCGAGCAGAGUGGGAAAGUAGAUGGAAAGCAGAUGAAAGCUGAAAAUGAAGACUUGAGCCAGGAGGAUAUAUGUAUUGAGAUUCCUGUCGAAAAUGAUGUUGGUCAGUUUCUUCAGAAUAAGAAGAUGUGGCUGCUUAACAUCAUUUCUGGGAAGUUUAACUGUACUGCUACACUCUGUAUGGAUGGAAAUAAACAACCAGCUUCUAUGGCAGAAGCUUCAGCUAAGGAUUUAGCUACUACUGAAGAAACAUUCCCUCUGAUAAUCAAUUUUCCUACUGGAGUAAGGUACCUGAAGGUCCUAUCGGGAGGGCUUCGUAUUUUUGCAUGCUUAGAUGAUCUGACAAAACAUGAGGUCGAUGUUGUUGUGAACUCUGCCAAUGAAUAUUUAAAACAUGACCGUGGAAUUGCUCGUGCUUUGGCACGAACAGCUGGACAAGAAUUCACAGCUGAAAGUGACAAUAUUGUACAACAACAUGGGGCAGUGCCAGUUGGUUCUGCUGUCGUCACUGGGGCAGGAAAGCUCCCAUGUAAAAAGGUCAUACAUGCAGUAGGACCUAUUUGGAUUCUAAAUACAAGUUCAGAAAACGAUCGCUUACUUUCUUAUACCAUCAGAAAUAGCCUUGUGCUAGCAAAUGAAUUACAAUUGACCUCAAUUGCCAUACCUGCUGUAGGUUUGGGAAAUGGUUUCCCAUUGCGAAGGUGUGCAGAAUUGAUAGUAAAUACAAUUAAAACUUUUCAUGGGAUAUGGAUGCCUGAAAAUCCUUUGAAAGAGAUCCAUUUAGUAAAUUUCAGUGAGCCGACAACUGCAGCAAUAGAAAAUGCGUGUAAGAAUAUCCUUGGCGAAACAGACCAAAAACGUUUGCUAAGUGUGGAUUUUGUACCAAAUCAGAUACGUGACAUAUAUAGGUUUCAGAAUCUUCAUAUAGAAAUCAAGAGAGAAAAUAUUGAAGAACAGAAUGUAUGUACAGCUUAAUUUCCUUUACUUAAAAAGUAGGCCUUUUCUCCAUUUUAAAAUCAUAUAUUCUGACAGAUUAAAUUGAAUUCUGUUUUUAUUA